AAAAAUAUGUUCACAUCUUAUUUAUUACCACACUUCUGACUUCCUCUACCUACCCGUAACGAAAACGUCUCUCCUCUCUCUCUCUCCCCUUAAAAAAUGGACACUGUAGCGUUAUUCUUCACCGGAGCUCUCAUAGCCGGCGGAAUCUACUGGUUCCUCUGCGUCCUAGGCCCAGCCGAGCGUAAAGGCAAACGAGCCUUAGAUCUCUCCGGCGGCUCCAUCUCCGCGGAGAAAGUUCAAGACAACUACAAACAGUACUGGUCUUUCUUCCGCCGUCCCAAAGAGAUCGAAACCGCCGACAAAGUCCCCGACUUCGUCGACACGUUCUACAACCUCGUCACCGACAUCUACGAGUGGGGAUGGGGACAGUCCUUCCACUUCUCCCCUUCCAUACGCGGCAAAUCCCACCGCGACGCCACGCGCCUCCACGAAGAGAUGGCCGUGGAUCUGAUCCAAGCGAAACCGGGGCAGAAGAUCCUCGACGUCGGAUGCGGAGUCGGAGGUCCGAUGCGAGCGAUUGCGUCUCACUCGCGAGCCAACGUGGUUGGUAUCACGAUAAACGAGUAUCAGGUUAAGAGAGCGCGUGACCACAACAGGAAAGCGGGUCUCGACGCGCUCUGCGAGGUCGUGUGUGGUAACUUCCUCAAGAUGCCGUUUGGUGAUAAUACUUUUGAUGGCGCGUAUUCGAUAGAAGCGACGUGUCACGCGCCGAAACUUGAAGAAGUCUACGCGGAGAUCUAUAGGGUGUUGAAACCGGGAUCUCUUUAUGUUUCGUACGAGUGGGUCACGACGGCUAAGUUUAAUCCUGAUGAUGAGGAACACGUGGAGGUCAUCCAAGGGAUAGAGAGAGGAGACGCGCUUCCUGGGCUUAGGGCUUAUUCUGACAUAGCCGUGGCGGCUAAGAAAGUUGGGUUUGAAGUUGUGAAAGAGAAGGAUCUGGCGGCUCCGCCGGCUGAGCCGUGGUGGACUAGGCUUAAGAUGGGAAGGCUUGCUUAUUGGAGGAACCACGUUGUGGUUCAGAUCUUGUCUGCGGUUGGAGUUGCGCCUAAAGGAACCGUUGAUGUUCAUGAGAUGUUGUUUAAGACUGCUGAUUUCUUGUCCAGAGGAGGCGAAACUGAAAUUUUCUCUCCGAUGCAUAUGAUUCUCUGCCGGAAACCUAUUUCUUAAAAAAAGCAGAAUCGUCUUCCGAUGUCAGUUUGUCUUUUAAUUUCUCUUUUUUAUUUUUAUGUAUUUUUAGUUGAGAUUGCUUGGUCAAUGUAACGCCUUUAAAUUUAAAAACCGUGUUCAAUCUUAGCAUUACUUUUUUUUACUAAAUAAGUGAUGGGCAUUGAUUAGUCCGCCGGAAGCUUAGCGCCGCCGACGAGACAGUGUUGUAGUAGACUUAUAGUAGAACUUAUUACUGUUAGAAGGGUACUUUAGUCAACUAAUGUACUUUGUAGUUCGGUGUCGACAGCGUUUGAGAGUAGUUGAUUAGUGUGAGUCAGUGUCUGAUUUUUGUUUGUGUUAAUUUAUUUAUUUUAAAUUAGACAAGAGAAGUGUGCGUUGCGCGACAAGAAAUCAAGUAGCUUUUUAGGUUUUCAGUUUGUCGCAAAGGCAUUAUAGUGUUGGGAAGUAACUGGGAAGAGUGGAGACGCGCGUGGUCCGAUGCUAUGAAAAUUAUGUAUUAUCCUGUACGUUUUGUUUUUUUCUGGAUAAAAAAAGAGAAUUCACGUGAUUCUUUCCGAGCUAUGGUUAGAUCUGGAGAAAUGUAUAACAAAGGACAUUUCACUUUUGUUUUGCUCGA